GUAAAAUAUGAAGAAACUGAGCGAACCGACAGGCUGGGUCUAACCGAACGCACAAGACGAGCCGGACCUUAUCCGAAAACCUGCCCACCUUCAAAUCGCCGUGGACGACCAAGGAGACGGCGGCCGUGGGCACAGGAGGCGAAUCCGCAUCCGGGGGGAACAAGAGCAGAGGAAUCGGGAAGAGAUCCGUGUUGGUGGUAACUGGAGUUGAUAGCCGGAUUCCCGGAGGGAGACGAAUUCGACCUAGCAGCGGAGUUGGGAGCCCGAUUCCAGGUGGGAGACGGCAGAGAUCACCAAGAAGGACGACAUCAAUCGCUAUAAAUAAAGGGGGCCAAGAACACCCAAGGGCCAAGGCGCAGCCAGAGAUCCGGGUGCUGAGUCUUUUUUUGCUUGCUGUUGCUGAAUACUAGUGCUAGAAAUACUUGAGGAAAUUCCUAGCCUGCAGGCUGCAGCAGAUGGAAGGCCCCUUCCCAUUGCUUGUGCAUGAUCUUGGGAACCGUACAGAUGACUGCCAGACGCGGUUCAUCAUCUCCAACCAGGCCGUGAGCACCGCAGCCAUCCAUGAACGCAAGGACUACAGGUGCUUCGAGUCUCCACAGGGCUCUGGGUGCUCGCGCUGGAACCUGCUUCCCUGCACACGUUCCUGUGGCGUCCUCAGGACGGCCAGAGGAUCAGCCUUCCAUCCCCAAAACAAGAAUUUCCCAGGAGGUGCAAGUGCCUGCUUUCCGACAAGCCUAGCUCGACAUCGUCUUGCACUGUUCUGGUCCUCGAUCUUGACCAGCCUAAUCUGUUGGUGUGCCGAAUCGGAGGAAGCCAAUGGGACUCUUACAACUAUGAGCUCACCAUGUUCCUUGCAGAUGACAAGCCCCGGGAGAUACAUAUGGCCAAACUUAAAGGCAUUGCUGCUGUUGGGGGCAAGGUCUACUACACGUUCACGACACGCCCUUGGAGUAGUGGAGUUCAGCCCUGAGCUCAGCCUCACCGAGUUUGAAGUUGAUAUGGUUGAACUGCCCGACACCAUGCCGUUUACUUCAACUUACUUGGUUGAAUCAUGUGGUGACCUCUUUAUGGUGGUCGUUGUCUUUCUUGGACACAACGUGCACAAAAUCGACAAGGUCGACGUGUAUAAGAUGGACUUCUCGAGGCCGGAAUGGUGCAAGGUGGACAGGAUUGGUGAUAGGGUGUUCCUCUUGGGUGGAGACAGCAUCGGAGCUUCCAACUUUGGAGCAUCAUGUUCGGCCAGUGAACAUGGUUUGUCUAGCAACUGUAUCUACUUUCUGAACAACAUCGCUGCCGAGGAGAAUUACCUGCACAUUUUCAACCUGGAGAAAGGGACUGAAGAAGUGCAACGUCCUUUUAGACACAAAAAUGGUUGCCUGCUGCCACCGCCACGUCCACCGAUGUGGCUGUUACCCACAGACGACUGACUUCAUGUGCAAGGAAAAUUUAGCACUGUACUAGUACUUUUUUUGUUUGUUUGGAUACCUGCAAUAAAGUGGUGCCUAGCACCUUAGUUCAA